AUGGCCGAUGUCGAAACCGCCGAAGCGCCCGCAGUGGUCUUCGAAGACACCACCGCGCCCGCCGAAACCGCCCUCACCACGACCAACAGCGACGGCGCCGUGCAGAAAGUGAAAAAGACGAAAAUCAUCAAGCGCAAGCGACGGCCAGCACGACCGCAACAAGAUCCCGCCACCUUCAAGUCCGAACCUCCUCCCCAGACUGGUACCAUCUUCAACAUAUGGUAUAACAAGUGGUCUGGCGGCGACCGCGAAGAUGCGCUCUCCUCAAAGCACCAAGCGAAGGGAAGAUGCAAUGUCGCGCUGGACAGCGGAUACACCAGGGCAGACAAGGUUCCUGGCAGCUACUUCUGCCUGUUCUUCGCGCGAGGACUGUGCCCCAAAGGCCAGGACUGCGAGUAUCUUCAUCGGCUACCCAACAGCAGGAUUGGCAAGGAAGGCGGACUGGGCGACAUCUUCCCUUCGAACGUGGACUGCUUUGGUCGCGAGAAGUUCAGCGAUUACCGCGAUGACAUGGGUGGUGUUGGAUCAUUCAUGCGCGUGAACAGGACGCUGUAUGUGGGGCGGAUACAUGUCACGGAUGACAUCGAAGAGGUGGUCGCAAGACAUUUUCAAGAGUGGGGUCAAGUCGAGAGGAUACGAGUGUUGCCAAGCAGAGGCGUUGCGUUCGUCACGUACGUGCAUCUGGCAAACAGCGAGUUCGCAAAGGAGGCCAUGGCGCAUCAGAGUCUGGAUCACAACGAGACGCUCAAUGUGCGCUGGGCUACCGUGGAUCCAAACCCACAAGCCCAGAAGCGCGAGGUGAGGAAGAUCGAAGAGCAAGCCGCAGAAGCCAUCAGAAGAGCAUUGCCAGCCAGCUAUGUGGCUGAGCUUGAGGGCAGAAAGUACGAAGGCGCAGACCCAGAGGAAGAGCGGAAGCGGAGAAAGAUUGAUGGAAGCUUUGGGCUGAAGGGAUACGACGCGCCAGACCACGUUUGGUAUGCAUCUGAAAAGGCACGGAUUGAGGGAGGAGCGGAUCAUAAGAUGCUGGAAGAUGUUCCGGGCGACACAGAACCGAAUUCUGACAAUGAGGAUGAGCCGCUUCGGAUUGAAAGCAUUCAGAAGGCUGCACAGGGUCAACAAGCAUCCAACGGCGGUAUCUUGGGCGCCUCGACUUUGGCCGCCUUGCAAGGAUUCAAGGCAGGUCCCCCGAAUGGUGGAGCUGCCGCGGAAAGCAGACCAGCAGGUCCGCUGGUUGGAUACGGCAGCGAUAGCGAUGAUGAUUGA